AUGGAGGAUGGCAAACCUGACCGCGCAAAUUGCCGCACAGAAGAGGAGAAGUCUACCAUGGCGUACUGCAACGAAGGCAAUGCAAAAUCAAGUCGCGCGGAGCUUCGGAGGAAGAAUGACGGAUCCAGCAUGGCACUGUUUGCUGCCAGCGUCGAGCAUUCAAAGCUGGUGGCUCCGGUGGCGCUUAGAGCGCUGACGGUCAAAGCACUACCGGCUGAUUGGCCACAGAAACUACAAACGAUGAAAGGCCUCGCAAAACUGGAGGCAAAAACUGGCAAGCUGGCGCAUGAAAAGCUGUGCAACGGAAUGGGGGUCGCAGAGCCCAACCGAGCGGAGCUUUUCGACAAAGCCGAGAACUCCGAGUGGGAGCAGCUCAGAGCGGAGGCGGCCGGUGCCGAACAGGAGAAACUCCUCAGGCUGGCGCCAACAGCGCCAAGCGAGAAGGGCAUCGUGAAAAUAGCGGCAAACCACAUUUCGCAAAUCCGAAGGCUAGCACGGCAGAGUUGGCUUAAGCAAAGCUUCGAAGAGGCAAGAGCUGCGGAUCCCACGCGCGCGGAGGAUCGCAAGAAGAGCGACGGCUCGGGCUUGGCAGAGCUGGGUGCCGAUGCAACUGAGUCAAGGAACAGCUCGGUGUGCGAAAAGCCCCAGGCCAGCACAGCAGAGCCCAGCUGGGCAAAGCUUUGGAGCAGCAUCAACGGGCCCAGUCCGUGGCUGCCGGGAGCCAGCAACGGCGAUGCCAAAUGGCAGAUGCCAAAGACCAGCACAGAAGGUUCGGCCUGGGCGAAUCUACGCAGAGACAACAGGGAGUCUAAGGAGCUGCAUCUCAGCGCGGAGACUGCGAAGCUCACUAGUGAGAAACUGCGUGGAGAUAAGGACGGGCCUACACUGAAGCCGCCAAGGACGAGCGAGGAGAGGCCUAGCCGGGAGAGGCCACAAGCAGAGGUGGCCGAGGCAACCUUGGCGAGUUUCCGUGGCAACAACAGGAGCUACGCGGUGGUAGCGAAAAUCCACAGCCCGCAAAUCCGAAAGCCGGCGCUACCAAGCCACAUCGUGCGAAAGAACGCGCAGGCGCCCAUGGUCGAACUACCCGGCACGGAUGGAGAUGAGUCCGAGCAUGCCAAUCCUGAAGCAGACGCGGAAGAUGCCAGCCUUGAGGGCAAGGGCAGGCACAAUGCUAUCCAGUAUGCCGAGCCCGAAGGAAAGCACAGCAAGCUCAGGUGCACGGAACUGAGCACCGGCGCUGAUGCUCCAGCGCAACUAGAGGAUCUCGAUGAUAUUGAGCUCCCUGUUGCUGCAGCAUUAAGUACGCUCGAGGUGGAGCCGGGGCGAGCGAUGCUGAGGACUGCGGCCGAGCUCGACAGGCACGAGGAGCUUCGAAGCGGAACUGAGAAACCCGGGUGUGCGAACUGGAAGGCAAAGGCCGCAGAGCUUGAACAGGCGGAGCAGAGCCGGUCCAUGCGUGGCUGCGCGGAAGAAGCGAGCUUCCUGAACCAGCUCCACUCAACGCCGGUGGUAACGCUGUCAAUGUGGCUGAACCCAGAGGCGAAAAGCGGGGAACCCGAGUGGCCGAGGGACUGCAACGAGGCUGAGACACCCGGAUGUGCCGAGGAUAAAGCGGAGACGGCCAGACCCGAACAGGCAUGA